UUAGAACAGUGCCCUGCACACGCAAGGUUCAGUCCCGCUAUGGCCAACAACGUGACCGAUGCCCAUCGCCGUUUCCUGCAGCUGCUGAUGUCUCAUGGAAUAAUGGAAGGCUCAGAGGCGCGAAAAUUGCACCGACACUGCUGUGAAAAGCAUAAAGGGCUCUGGAAAAAAUCAUUUUAAAGAACGCUUAAAGCACACGUCUUUCGGCGGGGAGGUUGGUUUGUGCCGGAUCGGCGGGCAGAGACCACAUAGUCCUGGCAGAGGAGACCCCGGAGUCAACAGAUCCUGAACUCGGAGCCACAGAAGCUAUAACUAAUGGCCAGUCCAUUUUGCGGGGCGUCUGUCUACUAUGCUCAUGACAAAUUGGACGACUUCAUCGGUAUUAUCAACAGUCUUCUCCAGCCGUUGUUUAUGGAGAUCAGGAAAGGAAUGUCCGAAGAGGAAGGGAAACCUUAUUAUGCUUUGGUGAAUCUUACAGAAACUGAAAUAACUAAAAUGGCUACUGACUAUGCAGAAAAUGAGUUGGAACUGUUCAAAAAAACUAUGGACCUGAUUAUCAUAUCAGAAAACGGGUUCGCCCCCUCCAUGAGCAUUUUAAACCUGUCGGACCAACUUCAGACCAAGAAAAUGAAGAAGAAAGAAGUCGAGCAGUUGCUACAUAAUUUUGUCCGGGACAAGUGGCUCUCUGAAAGAGGAGGAGAGUAUACGUUACACACCCGCUGCAUCAUGGAGAUGGAGCAGUACAUCCGCCAUUCAUACCAAGACAUGGUGAAAAUAUGCAACAUCUGCCGAAGCCUUGCCAUCCAGUGCCAGACCUGUGAAACCUGUGCAACUGCAAUGCACUUACCUUGUGCCGCGAGAUAUUUCAGAGCCCAGGCCGAACCGCACUGUCCUUUCUGCAGUGAGUUCUGGCCUCAUGAGAUACUAGAAAUAAAUCAACCUGAUUCCCAGUUGCCGUGUACCUCCAAGGGAGAGAGAAGGAGAGAUUCAUCUUCAGGAAAAAGGAGACAUUAGAAUUCACUAGUUAGUUGGAGUUGUUGCAUAUAAUUUGAUAUCCACUCAUCAUAGAGAGUAAAAUGUCCCUAUUGUACAAGGGGUGAAGUUAUCCACUUUUCUGCUAAUUUGCUUUAUUUUUGUUAACUUGGAAAUGACCUUUAAAAUAAAGUUGUUCUAAUUUGCUA